GGCUCCAGGGGCGCCUGCAGCGGCGAAGGCAGGCGCGCGUCGCGGCCUCCUCGAGGCUCGUGGCCGCCUCGGCGGAGGGAGGGCCUGCGCGCUCAGCGGCCAGACUCUGCCCGACCCGCGCGGGCUGCCCCCCACUUGUCGCUUCCCCGCUCGGCGGCCAGGCUCUGCCUGGCCUGGGCGGGUCGGGAGGGGCCCGCAUGGCAUCGAGCGGCGAUUGCUACAAGCCCCCCCAGCCAGGAGGGGGCGCGGACCCCCCGGUGCCCUGCUUCGCGUCGCGGGCGCAGAGCCCGGCGUUUGCCAAGAUGGCGGACCUGCGGGCGCUGCGGGACGAGGUCGAGGGCGCCGCGAGGCAGGCGAGGCUGAGGGGUCUGUGGAAGCACCAGGUCCGCGCAUUCGACUUCUACCACGACUACGGCCGCAGGCGGCCCUACGUGCAGGCAAGCGUGGCCAAGCUCAUCGUCGCGAAUUUCCUGUGCGACAUAGCGCCCUGGCAGUGGGACCCGGAGCCGGACCUGGAUCACCGCAGGCACAAGGCCCUUUGGUUCGCCCUCGACUACGCUUUCAAUUUGGCUUUCUUGGUCGAGCUCCUGGUCAACAUGUACGGCAAGUGGAUGCGGCCUUUUUUCAGGGAUGGCUGGAACGUGUUCGAUCUGGUCGUCGUCACCGUGGGUGUCGUCGACAUGUUGCAGGUCCCGGUGUCGCAUUCGAUCAAGAUGGUGCGUCUUCUCCGCGCGUUCAGGGUGCUUCGGCUGCUCAAGCGCGUCGAGUCUCUCCGCAGGGUCGUCAUGGCCAUCGCCAACGCGCUCCCCGCGGUGCUUAACGUCUUGGUGUUGUGCUCGAUCUUGAUAUCUAUAUCCAAGGCAGCAAGGGCCCGACACGCGCCGGCAAAGGGCGGGCGCGACGGCGGAUAUGCCAUCAUCGCCGUCGACCUCUUUGGCGACCUCUACUCGGGCCACGAGGAGGACCCCGUGCCUGGGGCGAUCACGGCCCGGGGCAACCUCUACGGGGAGGAGUACUACGGCACCUUCGCCGCCGCGCUCUUCACCCUGCUCCAGGUCCUCACGGGCGAGUCCUGGUCGGAGGCCGGCGUGCGGCCUCCCAUCCAUCUUGCAUUACUACUCCUCCGUCCAGCGGGACCGCCUCAUGGUGGUCGUGACGGCGGUUUUCUUCGUGUCUUUCAUAUUGUUAAACUCCAUAGUCCUCUUGAACGUGAUCGUGGCAGUCCUCCUGGACGGCUUGAUGCGCGUGCUCGACGACAAGCAGGGAGUGACGACGGCCGCCGCUGCCGAGGCCCCGCCGGAGAGCACGCGGCAAAUCGAGGAAGAUUUGCGGGCCCUGCGUGCCGAGGUGGCCGACCUCAGCAGCACCAUUGCCACCAUCAUAAGGCGGAAGCGGGACGCCGGGGACUACCCGCCGAACAUGCUCGACCCGCCGAAUAUGCUGAAUUGAUGGGGCCGUCUUGCACACUUGUUUGCUUCCGCCCUGUUCUCCCCCCAGCCGCCUCGUUCUUUCUGAGGAGGUGUCGUUUCCUCUAUACACCCCCGCAGAGGCCUGGGGGGGACGGGCCAUGGCGGCAGUAUUUUGAAACAAACAAAACAGGAAAAGCAUCAAAUUUCGGAGGUCCGUCUGGACGUCCUGGAUCAGCGUUGGGGUGCCCCUGGCGGCUCCUCGUCGCGCCAGCGGAUGGGGGGCUCAGUGCUGAUUCAAGAAAUCUGCGCGGAUACAUUUUCUUACGGUUCAAUCUCCCGAUGUUCGAACUGCCAUCUACGCCACACACCCGCUCAUCGCUGAGUUUUGGCAGGAGCAGGGUCGUGAAGAAAGUGUCGCUUGUCUGUUGCGUGGCAUUCUAGUUCGGUUGGCUGUUUUCGUUACACGUCGUGGCCUGGGUGCGAUCCGCGUUGCGGUUAGAUGCGAGUGUCGCACCUUUCUCGCCGCCUACAUUUAGCAUAGCUGGCUCGUUUGUCAUUAUUGGCUCGCCCAGUUGUUUUCGUUUCACGUAGUGGUCCAGUGGUGCACUCCGCGUUGUUGCGAGAUGUGAUGGUUGUUGUUCACCUUCUCGACAAAAUCCAUAUGAUCGGCAUUGUCCUUUGUCAAACGGUGCGCCAUGUUCGUCGCAUUGCAUUCCUCUUCAUUUGCGCCCUGGCCAGGCUGGAGCCCAGACGGUUUGCGGUUCGCCCCCUGCAGGGGCGGGAUGCUAUUUUGAACGUCCGUAGUCAUUGGUCAGAUCUCGACGGC